CCAUUAAGUGUUGCGACGUUGGCAAUCAUGGUUCAUAGACGCCUGAAAGUAUCGUGAUUGGUUCAACUCGUCAGUUACAUGUAGCAACAAGUACAUCUUAAAUUCACAACGCAGCUGGAAUAUACUUCCAAGAACAGUGCUGAAACAUACUGAUACGAGAAAAUGGAAAAGAAACGCAGUGUUUUACGCUCAAACGACCAGCCGGAAACUAGAGCCAGGAGGGGACGCAGCUCGUCACGUCAGCUGGCAUCUCAGGUCGUUCAAGAUAGAUCACUACCCGCUGAACGAAGCCUUCAGAUUGAUAAGAGUAUGGUUCGUCAUUUGGAUUCCGUGGCAGCGACUCCAGAACACUUGAGGCCACAGCGUGUGUUGCAUGACGAUACUGCAGUGUCAAGCGUUACCAUGACACCCGGAUGGACAAAGUACUUGGAUGGAACUUUUCGUCUGACGCGGCUCUCGGCAGCUAAGAGAAGUCGGAUUUCAGGAAGUGACGAUAAUUCUCUUACUGAACAAAUCAGAAGCUUAGAAGAUGUGUCGAAGUCACCAGAGAAACAACCGAAAUUUGAGCAUCGACGUAAGAAUGUGUUACCGAAGGGUGUUGGUGUUGAACUGUUUGGGGCAGCAUUUGACAGCCCAAAGGCAAAGAGUUCCGCUGUCCCCCCAGUACAACCAGAAAGAAUCAGUGAUCUUUCUGUUGACAAUUUUGAAGACAUUAGCCCCAUAGUAACUCGGCCAUUCAGGAAGAGAAGGCGUGUGAUUGCAGAUCUAUCUGUUUUUAAGGAUGUUUUCAAAGAUUCUGCAUCGUUUUCGUCUUCUUCUGUAACAGACGUGCCAGACAGGCUUGAAGAACGAAGGAGAAGGAGUGCACACUUGUCAGCCUCGCCACUUAAGAACAACAAACCAGGAAAUCAACAUAUUGUCACAUCAGAACAAAACUCAGGCACCAAAACACAGGCUGGAAUUAACACUCCAUCCAUUACAAAAAAAUUUAAAAAAGGACAGACUGGGUUGGAAAGUUUGUCAGUCACAUCGUCUGAGAAUAAGGAGUCAGGAGAUGAAUCAAGACAGAAGAGUGCAAAUCUGUCAGUCACAGCGCCUGAGAAUGAGUCAGGAGACGAAUCAAGACAAAUGAGUGCACGUCUGUCAUUUAUCUCAUCUGAGAAAAGGAGAUCAAGAAAUAAAUCAAGACAGAAGAGUGCAAUUAUCUCGGUCACAGCACCUGAGAAUAAGGAGUCAGGAGAUGAAUCAAGACAGAAGAGUGCAAAUCUGUCAGUCACAGCGCCUGAGAAUGAGUCAGGAGACGAAUCAAGACAAAUGAGUGCACGUCUGUCAUUUAUCUCAUCUGAGAAAAGGAGAUCAAGAAAUAAAUCAAGACAGAAGAGUGCAAUUAUCUCGGUCACAGCACCUGAGAAUAAGGAGUCAGGAGAUGAAUCAAGACAGAAGAGUGCAAAUCUGUCAGUCACAGCGCCUGAGAAUGAGUCAGGAGACGAAUCAAGACAAAUGAGUGCACGUCUGUCAUUUAUCUCAUCUGAGAAAAGGAGAUCAAGAAAUAAAUCAAGACAGAAGAGUGCAAUUAUCUCGGUCACAGCACCUGAGAAUAAGGAGUCAGGAGAUGAAUCAAGACAGAAGAGUGCAAAUCUGUCAGUCACAGCGCCUGAGAAUGAGUCAGGAGACGAAUCAAGACAAAUGAGUGCACGUCUGUCAUUUAUCUCAUCUGAGAAAAGGAGAUCAAGAAAUAAAUCAAGACAGAAGAGUGCAAUUAUCUCGGUCACAGCACCUGAGAAUAAGGAGUCAGGAGAUGAAUCAAGACAGAAGAGUGCAAAUCUGUCAGUCACAGCGCCUGAGAAUGAGUCAGGAGACGAAUCAAGACAAAUGAGUGCACGUCUGUCAUUUAUCUCAUCUGAGAAAAGGAGAUCAAGAAAUAAAUCAAGACAGAAGAGUGCAAUUAUCUCGGUCACAGCACCUGAGAAUAAGGAGUCAGGAGAUGAAUCAAGACAGAAGAGUGCAAAUCUGUCAGUCACAGCGCCUGAGAAUGAGUCAGGAGACGAAUCAAGACAAAUGAGUGCACGUCUGUCAUUUAUCUCAUCUGAGAAAAGGAGAUCAAGAAAUAAAUCAAGACAGAAGAGUGCAAUUAUCUCGGUCACAGCACCUGAGAAUAAGGAGUCAGGAGAUGAAUCAAGACAGAAGAGUGCAAAUCUGUCAUUUAUUUCACCUGAGAAAAGGAGAUCAAGAAAUAAAUCAAGACAGAAGAGUGCAAUUAUCUCAGUCACAGCACCUGAUAAUAAGGAGUCAGGAGAUGAAUUAAGACAGAAGAGUGCAAAUCUGUCAUUUAUUUCACCUGAGAAAAGGAGAUCAAGAAAUAAAUCAAGACAGAAGAGUGCAAUUAUCUCGGUCACAGCUCCUGAGAAUGAGUCAGGAGACGAAUCAAGACAGAAGAGUGAAAAUUUGUCGGUCGUAGUAGCUGAGGAUGGCAAAUCAGGAGACAAAUUGAGACAGAAGAGUGCACUUUUGUUAGUCACCACACAUAAUAGUAACAGAUUGGGAAAUGAACAUGUUGAUACAAAGGAACAACAAUCAAGCCCCAAAAGAAGGGCUGAUAUAAACACUCCAUCUGUUUCUAAAGUUUCUGGUAAAGAACAAACUGAAUUGGAGUCGGCGGAUGUACAUCCUGGGUCCGUAAGUGAUUCUAGUGAAAUGGACCAGAAUGGUGUGCAACAAAAGGCUACACAAGGUGGGCACAAUAUUUUCAGCAAAAGUGUGAAGCCACGAACUGCUCCUUGGUUUGGCCGAGAGCAGGAAAAAGUGUCAACUUCAAAGAAUCUGUGCACAUUUAACCUCCUCCCUAGGGAGGAACGGAGUGCCAAACUGCGUGAAUUAGUAUCAGGAGUGAAGAAGAAAUAUGAUGAUGCACUGAAACCAAACCUGACAAAUGGAUUGUUUAGCAGAGAACAUCGGGAAAUAAGAAAUAUUAAAGACAGCGUGACUGUCCGUGAAAGGACAGGUGGUAAGAAAAAAAUUCACCCAGCUCUGCUAGUGGAUGGCAAACGAUACAGACCGCGUCUCAAACGUCCCAAAUCGUGGGCGACUCCAAGGCUUUAUAAACUGCUCAUCCCAAAGUGUGAAGAGAAAUAUGGCAUGCUGAAAGCUCGCUGCAAAGCAGAAGAAUUUGUUAUAUUUCUGUGUGAAAAGGUGUCGACUGUGAUACGGCGAAAAAAGUAUGAGAACUACGAGAGCAUUUUGGAAGAGAUUAAGAGGGCACUUUAUAAACUUGGAAUAAUAAAGUGUUUGAUGGAGUAUUUUGUGUUCAUCGAGGACUAUCUCCCGUUUCAAUAUCGAAUUAAGGCAAUACCGUGCCUUAGGGGAUAUGGGAAGCGCACUGGACCACCACUGGCUCCAGGCACUGACUUGUUUGCUGAUCUGGGUUAUUAAGAGAGUUAAUUACAACACAUGUUUGAAGAAAUUAUUAUAUUUUGAACUGUUUUUCUCUAACUUUAUAAUAUAAAAAUAUUUUAUUUGUGUAAUCUGUUAUAAUGACUAAGAAAUAAAAGUUACUGUGAAGCAUUA